GCGGGGACUUUUAUUCUGACACGGCCGGCGCCCGGCUCUGCUUAGUCAUGGUGACCUGCGCGCGUUCCGCGCCUCCCCCCUGCGCACUGCGAUGGAGGCGCCCGGGCCUGGGAGACGGAGGCGGAGCCCGAGAGCGGCCAUGGCGGGGCCCCUGAGUGCCAGUGGUGGUGUUGUCCCUUGUCACCUGGAACCCCAUGCAGCUGGAACCCGGGCCUAGUGGGGCUGGGGCCCACACCCAAUUCCUGCCCCUGAGGUCACAGCGCCCUGAGGGGGCAGGGGACACGGUGAUGUACGCCUCCACCGAGUGCAAGGCCGAGGUGACGCCCUCCCAGCACGGCAACCGCACCUUUAGCUACACCCUGGAGGAUCACACCAAGCAGGCCUUCGGCAUCAUGAACGAACUGCGGCUCAGCCAGCAGCUGUGUGAUGUCACACUGCAGGUCAAGUACCAGGACGCACCAGCCGCCCAGUUCAUGGCCCACAAGGUGGUGCUGGCCUCAUCCAGCCCCGUCUUCAAGGCCAUGUUCACCAAUGGGCUGCGGGAGCAGGGCAUGGAGGUGGUGUCCAUUGAGGGCAUCCACCCCAAGGUCAUGGAGCGCCUCAUUGAGUUCGCCUACACAGCCUCCAUCUCCAUGGGUGAGAAGUGUGUGCUCCAUGUCAUGAACGGUGCCGUCAUGUACCAGAUUGACAGCGUGGUCCGCGCCUGCAGCGACUUCCUGGUGCAGCAGCUGGAUCCCAGCAACGCCAUUGGCAUCGCCAACUUCGCCGAGCAGAUCGGCUGUACCGAGCUGCACCAGCGUGCCCGAGAGUACAUCUGCAUGCACUUUGGGGAGGUGGCCAAGCAAGAGGAGUUCUUCAACCUGUCCCACUGCCAGCUGGUGACCCUCAUCAGCCGGGACGAUCUGAACGUGCGCUGCGAGUCCGAGGUCUUCCACGCCUGUAUCAACUGGGUCAAGUACGACUGCGAGCAGCGGCGCUUCUACGUGCAGGCGCUGCUGCGGGCUGUGCGCUGCCACUCGCUCACACCCCACUUCCUGCAGAUGCAGCUGCAGAAGUGCGAGAUCCUGCAGUCGGACUCCCGCUGCAAGGACUACCUGGUGAAGAUCUUCCAGGAGCUCACCCUGCACAAGCCCACACAGGUGAUGCCCUGCCGGGCGCCCAAGGUGGGCCGGCUCAUCUACACGGCCGGCGGUUACUUCCGCCAGUCGCUCAGCUACUUGGAGGCCUACAACCCCAGCGAUGGCACCUGGCUCCAGUUGGCGGACCUGCAGGUGCCAAGGAGCGGGCUGGCAGGCUGUGUGGUAGGUGGGCUGCUCUAUGCCGUGGGUGGCCGGAACAACUCACCCGACGGCAACACCGACUCCAGCGCCCUGGACUGCUACAACCCCAUGACCAACCAGUGGUCGCCCUGCGCCUCCAUGAGCGUACCUCGAAACCGAAUCGGGGUUGGGGUCAUCGAUGGGCACAUCUAUGCUGUCGGCGGCUCCCAUGGCUGUAUCCACCACAACAGUGUGGAGAGGUACGAGCCAGAGCGGGAUGAGUGGCACUUGGUGGCCCCAAUGCUGACAAGAAGGAUCGGGGUGGGAGUGGCUGUCCUCAACCGUCUGCUCUACGCGGUCGGGGGCUUUGAUGGGACGAACCGCCUUAACUCAGCCGAGUGUUACUACCCAGAGAGAAACGAGUGGCGAAUGAUCACACCCAUGAACACCAUCCGAAGCGGGGCAGGAGUCUGUGUCCUGCACAACUGCAUCUAUGCUGCGGGGGGCUAUGACGGUCAGGACCAGCUGAACAGCGUGGAACGCUACGACGUGGAGACAGAAACGUGGACUUUCGUAGCCCCCAUGAAGCAUCGGCGAAGCGCCCUGGGAAUUACUGUGCACCAGGGAAGAAUCUACGUUCUUGGAGGCUACGACGGUCACACGUUCUUGGACAGCGUGGAGUGUUACGACCCAGACACAGACACCUGGAGCGAGGUGACCUGCAUGACAUCUGGCCGGAGUGGGGUUGGUGUCGCUGUCACCAUGGAACCCUGCCGGAAGCAGAUCGACCAGCAAAACUGUACCUGUUGAGCCACUUUUGUUUCUUGGGCAAAAAAAAGUUCCAAUCCAGAGUACUGUCGUCUUUGUACAAAAACAGGGACAAAAGAAAAGGCUACAGAGCAAAUGCUUGUCCUCCAGGAUGGGAGGCUGGGAUGCCUCAGUGUUAAAACGACAACUCGAAAGAAAAGAAGGCCAGAAUGGGGACCCGUGAGCCCAUCAGAGUAGUCCCAGGAAUGUCCAAGAGAGCCUGCCCGGGAGGUGGGUGUGGGAAGCGCGGGUCCCCCGGGGAGAGGCCCCUACACCUGCUACCCGGAGACCAGGCCUGGGUUCCACACCAGCAGCCACCACCUCCCUUUGGGAUGAAAGCAGGUGCCGAGGACAGGCUGGUUUUUGUUCCCUGCAUCUUCAUGAUUGGUUCUUGGAGGCCUGGGAAGGAGCCAACUGAGGCCUCAGGGGCUGAGGCCCCUCCAGAGGUGUGGACCCCGGGGAUGGGCCUGUACAUAGAAACCAUUGGGUAUCGCUGCCCUGGACAGUCAUUUUGUUGAUAAGUAACCCUGUAACUUUCCAUUGAAAAUAAAAAACAAACUAACUAGUGUCUUCCACCCGGGCUCUCAGCUGGAGGUCUUGAACCAGUGGGACAGAAAGGACUCUUCUCCUGAAAUGCACUCAAGUCUUUGAUUUAGGGCUUGGAUUUGAAACCAGUUUCUUAUCUCGGCCCGUUGAAUUUUGAUAUGUAGGUUAUCUUCCUCGCCAUGGGCAAGCCACAUAGGACUCACUUUGUCUGUCACUUCUAGCUGCUUUGCAGACAGUGACCCAACUCCUUGACUCAUCUCCUAGGGCUCCCCGAGGUUAAUUGCACAUGUGAACAGUUGAUAUUUUAAGGCAUACUAUCCCCAGCACGCCUUCCAAAUUCCGUGAAAGUCCAUCCGUCAUCUUUAUACAUUUCAGUAAUGUAGACUGAGCCUUUUAUUUUAUUUAGGUUCCUGGGACAAAGGGUUCUUGAGAAUUUUCUUAGGCAAAGGGUUCAACAGCCUGGUUGCUUCUGAACUAUAUGUGGGAGUGGAGUAUGUGGCCUGGAUCUUGUCUUCUGCCAGUCAACUCUAUUCGUGCUGGGGGAGUGGAGAGAAGAAGAAUGAAGUAUGGUCUCAAUUGGGGAUUUCACAGGUAAUUCCAAACAGCUUAGAGGAAACAUUUGAUUCCUUCCCUGCCAGGAGCAACAAGAGAAGCCACCGCAAUGAGAAGCCGGCGCACCGCAACGAAGAGUAGCCCCCACUCGCGGCAGCUAGAGAGAGCCCGCACACAACAAUGAAGACCUAACACAGCCAAAAAUAAUUAAUAAAUAAAAAUAAUAAAGUUAUUAAAAAAUACUAUACUAAUAUCAAUAAAAAUAAUAAUAUAUUUUUAAAAAGUA